AGGGGCUGGGGCCAAGAGGUGUGCUGUGUAACUCUGCCUCUGCCAGGAGGCUGACUCAGAACCCUGAGUCCACAGCUCCUCUCCUCUUCAUUCUGAGAAAACACCAGAUAGGAUUAUGGUGUGAACACGUGAACACCAACCCGGUGGCCACAGCUUUCCACACAUCAACAAUUUCUACAAACCUUUCUUCAGACACCUCGGCCUCUGGAAGGAAGCAACCAGAACAAAAUCUUUCCAAGCUCUCAGAGACUCUUCAAGACCCACUGACUGCGACUUCUUCAAGUGAAGACUGCUGGAUGGCCUUUUUUUUGCUUGUCUGUUGCAUGCCAAUUAGCUGACGUCUCGGUUGUCUCUGUGAGAAACUGCGGGUUGUCUGUUGCAUGUUCUUACCGAAACAAGAGGUGUGCCAUUUUGUCUGCAAUAUUGCUUUUGUGUUGUUAGUUCAGCCAGAGUGACGAAGGAAGCUUAUCUUGAACAACAGAUAAGGGUUUUUCGAAGGCUGGUGUUGGUAAAGUUUAAGGUCUGGUUCGAUCCCUUGGUCGGUCCAGUCCGGACCUGGUUUUGAGCAAUAAUAAGGCAAUGAGGGGUUCAGUGUUGGGUUUAUGGCUCUCUCUUGCCCUGUGCUGCUGGGUCUUCGGCUGGGCUGGAGGUGCAGGAGUCCAGACGCAAGUGACCCAGGCUAGACCUGCGGAGCAUGGGAGAGAGGAGGAGGACAAGAGGGAGGAGGUUAUGAUGGACGACCCUGGAAAGGAGGUGGUGGAGAGCAAACCAAAGAAGAAAAAAACCCCAGAGGAGGUGGAGGCAGCCAAGGCAAAGAAAGCUGCAGAGAAGGAAGCCAAAGCCAAGAAGCAGAAGGCACCAAAACCUACAAAGGCACCCAAAGCCCCAAAACCCUCGAAAAAGCCCAAAGCCACCAAAGCACCUAAGAAGCCAAAGGCCACCAAGGCACCCAAGGUCCCCAAGGCACCAAAAGCCACAAAGGCACCAAAAGUCUCCAAGGCACCCAAGGUCCCCAAGGCACCAAAAGCCACAAAGGCACCAAAAGUCUCCAAGGCACCCAAGGUUACGAAGCCCAAGGCCACAAAGGCCUCCAAGACGACAGCAGAGAAGAAGGAGGAGGUGAAGCCCGCCACCAGAAAACCUACACUGGAGGAAGAGGAGGAGAAACUGCUGAUUGAGCUGGGCUGGGACAGAUUAAUUCCACCUGUAACCUCAAAGGUGCCUCAAGAGCCAGACCAGGUAGACAGGAGACCCUCUACACCCACACCCACCUCUACUGGCUCCAAGACUCUGCCAGGGCAUGACCAAGACUACUGGGAUGCCAGGCCGGACAUACCGAGGACCACCACUGAAGUCAUCAUGUAUGUGCCAGAGGAAACCACUGUGCCACCCAUUCCCUGGUAUGAAGAAUAUGAUUAUGCAGACUUGGCUGCUAAGAAGCUAGAGGAGGAGGAGGAGAAAGCUCGAAAGGAGAAGGAGGAAAAAGCGAAGCGGCUGAAGAAGCAGUGGGAGGAGGAAGAGGAAGAGAGGCUGAAGCGGAUCCCAGUACAAGCCAAACCAAAGAAAUGCCCUCCCCUGGGUCUGGAGUCCCACCGUGUUGACGAUGACCAGCUGCUUGCCUCAUCUCAGUCUCACCACGGCUUCGCUGCUCAGAGAGGCAGGCUGAACAUGCAGAGCUCUGGUGAGGAGGAUGGUGUGUAUGGCGGUGCGUGGUGUGCCGAGCCAGAGGAGAAGAUCCAUUGGUUUGAGGUGGACGCACGCAAAGAAGUUGAGUUCAGUGGAGUUAUCGUACAGGGCAGGAACUCAGACACCGCGGAGGAUUUUGUGUCCACAUUCUACGUGUCGUUCAGUAACGACAGUCGUGAUUGGACGGUGCUUCAUGACGGCUAUGCUGAGUGGUUAUUCUAUGGGAAUGUGGACAGGGACACCCCCGUGAUGGUGGAGUUUGACUGGCCCGUCGUGGCGCGUUACAUUCGUAUCCUUCCCCAGAGCUGGAACGGCAGCCUGUGUCUCAGAGCUGAAGUCCUGGCCUGCCAACUGCCCAGCAGCGUCCGCAGUGAUAAUGAGGUCAACCCCACAGACGACCUGGACUUCAGACAUCAUAACUACAAGGAUAUGAGGCAGAUGAUGAAGGUGAUAAAUGAAGAGUGUCCUAAUAUCACUAGGAUCUAUAACAUUGGGAAGAGCUCUGCAGGCCUGAAGAUGUACGCCAUGGAAAUCUCUGACAACCCAGGAGAACAUGAGACAGGUGAGCCAGAGUUUCGCUACACAGCUGGUCUCCAUGGAAAUGAGGCCCUGGGGCGGGAGCUGCUUCUCCUGCUGAUGCAGUUUAUAUGUAAGGAAUACAACGAUGACAACCCCCGAGUGCGCCGCCUGGUGGAGGGAGUGAGAAUACACCUUGUUCCCUCACUGAACCCAGAUGCCUAUGAAUUGGCUUACGAGAUGGGCUCAGAGAUGGGGAACUGGGGCCUGGGCCACUGGACUGAGGAAGGAUAUGAUAUCUUCCAGAACUUUCCGGACAUCAACAGUGUUCUAUGGGGGGCAGAGGACAGGGGCUGGGUCCCACGCAUCGUACCCAAUCACCAUAUCCCUCUGCCAGAAAACUUCCUGAAUGGCUCCGUUGCCCUGGAGACCAAGGCCAUCAUUAACUGGAUGGAGCGGAAUCCAUUUGUGUUAGGAGCCAAUUUUCAGGGGGGAGAGAAAGUGGUGGCAUAUCCAUUCGACAUGCAGCGGCCUCCAAAGGCCGUAGUGGGGUCUCGACGCGGGCCGCGACCUGGGGUGGACUACGAGAUAAACGAGGAGACGUGGGCCAGGAUGCAGCGUCAGAGCGGGGAUGCGCUGUGGGAGACGGCGGAUGACACCAUGUUCCGCUGGCUGGCCAUGUCCUACGCCCACAGCCACCUGACCAUGACGGAAACCCAGCGGGGCUCCUGUCACACUGAUGACUUCACCGGGGGACUGGGAAUCAUCAACAGGGCCAGCUGGAAGCCUGUAGUGGGGAGUAUGAAUGACUUCAGCUAUCUGCACACUAACUGCUUUGAGCUGUCCAUCUUCCUGGGCUGUGACAAGUUCCCUCAUGAGAGCGAGUUGCCUUUGGAGUGGGAGAACAACCGAGAAGCCCUGCUAACCUUUAUCGAACAGGUGCAUCGUGGGAUUAAGGGCAUAGUGAGGGACACAGAGGGUAAACCUCUGGCCAAUGCCACCAUCUCUGUGGAAGGCAUCAAGCACGAUAUCAAGACUGCGGCAGCUGGUGACUACUGGCGGUUGCUGAACCCUGGGGAGUACCAUGUGACGGCUCGCGCCGACGGCCACACUCCCCAGACUCGGCUGUGUAUGGUGGGCUACGACUCUGGGGCGACCCCCUGCAGCUUCACCCUGGCCAAGUCCAACUGGGAUCGCAUCAAGCAGAUCAUGACCCUCCACGGCAAGAAGCCGAUACGACUAGUUACCAAGGCACCACCUCUAGCAGGAAGUGACGUCAGCGGUGGGGCAGCUGGCAGUGUAGACGCCACAAAGACAGGUACCGGUGGCGCUGGCAGGACGGGCAGCGCGUCGACCAACUUCAGGAAUCCCCAGCGUCUCCGUCGCUUACGGUUAAUGCGCCAGCGCAAGCUCCAACAGCAGAGACUCAAGGACAGUCUCUCCACCACCACCACCACCAGCACCACAGUUGCCACCACGACCACCACCCCAGCCCCCACAACUACGGUGGAGCUGGUGACAGAAAGCACCACUUCAUGGUAUGACUCAUGGUUCCCUGUGGAGAGUCUCAACACUGAGUCAACGCCAGAAGAGAUCCUUACAGAGAUCCAGGAGUCAGAGCCCACACAAGACUACAACUUUGAAUACAAGUUUGAUGAUUACUGAGUUUUCUUAGAAUUACAUUGAAUUCAAUAAAAGGAAUUAAGUAACAAAUUGGAGUUUAUAACUACCCAAUCGUAGAUAAGAUCUAUUAUUAAUACUGUGAGGAAUAAAAAAAGAAUGUCAUAUUCUGUGCAGAGCUGAAAGAUAAUAUUCUUAACGCACUUCGUAGUGAUAGAACACUUUUAUCUGUGCUCUUCUUCUAAUGUCAUGAUGGUUUUAAAUUGAUUAUGAUAUAUUUUUGUAAUGCUCACACAUAGAUCAGAGGAAAUGUCAUGUUAUCUCUCUGCAGAGCAGGGAGUAAAGUGCAUGUCAUUGGUAUUAUUUACUCAAGCAACUUAAUGUCUAGGAAAUAAGCAUUGACUUAAUAGGAUGCUUCAAAUGUUGUUUGAAACACAUUCUAUUUACUUCCUAAACAAUAUUGCUAAUAUCAGGGGGAUGGAACUAUAUAGUGUGUGUUCAUGUAUUUUCACAUUAAGGCAUUUUCUUAAAAUGUCUCAUGCAGUUUCUUUGUUGAUUUAGCUUACCUGUUUGAAUAAAGGUUAAUA